AUGCAAGCUUAUCGCUAUGAAACUGCUGAUGGAGUCAUCAAGCAGAGGAAGCUGCCCAUUCCCGAACCUGCCGCUAACGAGGUCCUCAUCACUGUCAAAGCCGCAGGUCUCUGUCAUUCCGACCUUCACAUCCUCAGUGGCGGCUUUGAAAACCUCCAGCCAUUUGGAGUUCACGCUCCUCUGACAUUGGGUCACGAAGUAGCAGGAAUCGUCAACAAGGUUGGCUCUCAGGUGGCAUCAUUCAAGCCUGGAGAUAGAGUGGCAGUGGCUCAGGUCGGAUAUCCCAAGGAAAACGCCAACUGGGACAUAUCAGUAGGCCUCGGCGUCGAUGGAGGUCUUGCAGAGUACUGCAUCUCUGACGUGAGUCAAGUGGUCCACGUCCCUGCAAACGUUCCUCUGCAUCUCGCAGCCGUCGCUACCGAUGCUAUCAGCACCGCCUAUCACGCCGUGGUCACAGAGGCCGAAGCCGGACCUGGCAGAAACAUCGCCAUCUUGGGUCUGGGAGGUCUCGGUCUCAAUGGAGUCGUAGCUGCCUCACUUCGUGGUGCCAACGUCUAUGGUUUCGACAUUGACGAGAAGAAAUUCGAAGCCGCCCGCGACUCUGGUGCCAUCGCUUGCCACCAGAGCCUGAACGAUGUAGACGACGCCUUCUUCGAUGCCGUUGUUGAUUUCGCAGGUGUUGGCAAGACUACCGCCUUGGCCAUCAAUCGCGUCAAAGUUGGCGGUGUGGUCGUCUUGGUCGGCCUUGGGGUGAACGAAGCGACUCUGCCUACUUCACUCUUGACCAUGAAAUCGAUCCACCUCAGAGGAUGCAUGGGUGCGAGUCUCCAAGAAUACCGUGAGGUCUUGGAAUACGUCGCCUCAGGAAAGAUCACUCCGGUCACUGAGCAGAUCUCGUUUGAAGACGUCAGCGACGGCCUGGAAAGACUGGCUGCUGGCAAGAUCUCCGGGCGACUUUGGACAGACCCUUCAGCAAUGGGACCAGUCUAG